UUGGCCCGCGCAGCGCCGAGACCGCCGCCGCGCGCGCGUCGGGCUGACGAUAGAGUGAUGGUCGGCGCCGGAGCUGUGGUCGCGCUGCUGGCGACGCUGGCAGCCGGGCCUGCGGCAGGUCAAGAUGUGACGUCACACGACCGGGUGGUGGUCUGCUACGUGGGCUCGUGGGCCUACUACAGGCCCGAGGAGGGCAAGUUCACGGUGGAUGACGUGGACCCGCAGCUCUGCACGCACGUCGUCUACGCCUUUGCCGGCCUGGACGAGACCAGCCACAAGAUCCGCUCGCUCGACCCUAACCUGGACCUGGCCGCCGGCGGGGGGAAAGACUACUACAAGAAGUUCGUCCAGUUGAAGAGGCUGAACCCGAGGUUGAAGGUGACGAUUGCCAUCGGCGGUUGGGUCGAAGGCUCCAAGAAAUACUCCAACAUGGCUAUGGACCCAGCGAAGAGGGCCACCUUUAUCAACAGCACCAUUGACUUCAUCACCACGCACGGCUUCGACGGUCUGGACUUGGACUGGGAGUACCCAGCGAGGCGCGACGGGGUCCCCGAGGACAAGCAGAACUUCGUCGAGCUCGUCAAGGAGCUGAGGGCAGCUUACGAGCCCCGCGGCUGGCUGCUAACGGCGGCGGUGGCGGCGCCCCAGGACAUCAUUGCCGUGUCCUACGACGUGCCCCGCCUGUCGGCCCUGCUCGACUACAUGCACAUCAUGUCGUACGACUACCACGGCAAGUGGGACCAGGUCACCGGCCACAACGCGCCGCUCACCGGCGAGGGGCUCAGCGUGAACGCCACGCUGACCAACUACCUGGAGUUGGGCGCCGACCCCGCCAAGCUGGUGCUGGGCGUCCCUCUGUACGGACGCACCUUCAAGCUGGUCAGCGUGGACGAGCAUGACGUGGGCGACCCGGCCGCCGAGAAGGCCUUCAAGGGCCCGUACACGCGCGAGGACGGCUUCCUCGGCUACAACGAGAUGUGCGAGAUGCGGCACGCGGCGCCGAUCCAGUGGACCGCGCGCUGGGACGACGAGGCCAAGGUGCCCUACAUCUUCCACCAGAGCAUGUGGGUCAGCCUGGACGACGAGCAGUCCAUCACCAACAAGGUGGCGCUGGCGAUGCGUUACGAACUCGCCGGUGCCAUGGUUUGGACGCUCGACACGGAUGACUUCCGCGGAAAUUGCGGCCAGAAGUACAAGCUGAUGCGCACCAUCAACCAGGCACUUACCACGGUGCGGCGCGGAACGGAACCGCCACCCACCGAGCCGCCCACCACACCGGAGCCGGAGCCAACCACGCCCGACUCGGCCGCUGCCGUCGCCCUGCCCUGCCACCUGGCGGCGCUGCUCGCAGUCGCGCUUCUCGGUCUCGCCGGCAGGGUGUGAGCGCGCCUGCGCACAAGCCCUCCCCUUUUUUCUACUUAGGUCAAUGCAAGGCCUUUCCCCUCCACGGACCUAGCGCCAACUCCGAGGGGCGCGGGAUGCGACGUGCCGCCGCGGUGAAGUUGCUCCCGCCUGCCACCACGCGGCGCCACUAGCGCCGAGCGGUGCAUGGUGGCCUGUUGUGACUGACGGCGCCGAGCCUCGGCCGGCCCGGGCCGAGAGGGGAGCCCGUCCGGACCGGAACACGACGCGCCGGCCGCCGCGCGCCGCGCACCGUGCGUAGUGCCGCCGCGGGGCUUAGAGCGGACACCGGGCCGCCGUCCAAGCUGUGAUAGCCGCGGACGAGGCAUCUGGAACGCACGGCGCCCUGCAGGCCGCGCCCAGCCAGGUUUUGUUAAGAGGCAGACCGCGGGAGGCUGCUGCCGCGAGGAGUGGGGCAUCGACGCGAGAGAGCGCCCACAGUCGGGCUGGCCGGGCCAGCGAUGGGCGCGAGAUGAACGAUUGAAACUGGGUGUGUGCUUGCAAGGUUCAUAAAUAUACACGUAAUCCGA